CGCACCAUGAACUCGUGGGACGCGGGCCUGGCGGGGCUGCUGGUGGGCACGAUGGGCGUCUCGCUGCUGUCCAACGCGCUGGUGCUGCUCUGCCUCCUGCACAGCGCCGACAUCCGCCGCCAGGCGCCGGCGCUCUUCACCCUCAACCUCACGUGCGGCAACCUGCUGUGCACCGUGCUCAACAUGCCACUCACGCUGGCCGGCGUCGUGGCGCAGCGGCAGCCGGCCGGCGACCGCCUGUGCCGCCUGGCCGCCUUCCUCGACACCUUCCUGGCCUCCAACUCCAUGCUCAGCAUGGCCGCGCUCAGCAUCGACCGCUGGGUGGCCGUGGUCUUCCCGCUGAGCUAUCGCGCUAAGAUGCGCCUCCGCGACGCUGCGCUCAUGGUGGCCUACACGUGGCUGCACGCGCUCACUUUCCCUGCGGCCGCGCUCGCCCUGUCCUGGCUGGGCUUCCACCAGCUGUACGCGUCCUGCACGCUGUGUAGCCGGCGGCCAGAGGAGCGCCUGCGCUUCGCGGUCUUCACCGGCGCCUUCCACGCGCUCAGCUUCCUGCUGUCCUUCGUUGUGCUCUGCUUCACGUACCUCAAGGUGCUCAAGGUGGCCCGCUUCCACUGCAAGCGCAUCGACGUGAUCACCAUGCAGACGCUCGUGCUGCUGGUGGACAUCCAUCCCAGUGUGCGGGAACGCUGUCUGGAGGAACAGAAGCGGAGGCGGCAGCGGGCCACCAAGAAGAUCAGCACCUUCAUAGGGACCUUCCUCGUGUGCUUCGGCCCCUACGUGAUCACCAGGCUGGUGGAGAUCUUCUCCGCGGCGCCCAUUGGCCCCCACUGGGGGGUGCUGUCCAAGUGCUUGGCCUACGGCAAGGCCGCCUCGGACCCCUUCGUGUACUGCCUGCUGAGACACCAGUACCGCAGAAGCUGCCGGGAGAUUCUCAACAGGGUCCUCCACAGACGCUCCAUCCGCUCCUCGGGGCUCACAGGUGACUCUCACAGCCAGAACAUCCUGCCGGUGUCUGAGUGAAGGACCGCUCUCCCGCCGGAGAGUUUAGAGGGAGGUGGCCCGCAGAAGAGGGAGGCGGCUGGGCUCCUGGGCAGACACCCUGCCACCGCCCCCUGGCCAGCCCAGAGCUGUGUUUCCCAGGCCUGUAGGGCCCCGGGGCUGCUCUCUGGUCCCUGAGGGUGGAGGUUGGAUUGUCCUGUGUAUCACCAAAGGAUGCCACAGGCUGUGCUCAGGCCCUUCUUCCUGAGAGGCCCCCGGUGGACGACAGUGCAGUCACUGUCAAGGAUGCAGAGUGCUGGUGGCAGUGGAGAGCCAUGCGUCCAUCUGCUUGCUGACCACCGGAUGUGGGGCUCCUCGAAGAGGAAGAGUGAUGGUCUCAUGGGACAUUUCAGGCCUGCCCAAAUUGAGGCUGCAGUGACCUGUGGCCCAGACCUGGCGACUCCUUUCCACUUGGUAGUGGUGGCUGCUUUAAUCCAAAUAUCCAGCUGGGACCCUUAGUGGGGACCCCGAGACUGUGUGCCCAUGGGGUAAGAGUCUGACAGUUGGUGGCUACUGACAGCUGCCCACCCAUCGUCUUAGGAACGGUAUAUUGGAUUCAACUUUUAUCCCCCACACCCAAUAAAAAGAACUAAUGUUUGUGUGUGUAGACAAUCUUAGCAUGAAAAUGGUUUAAACAGGCAGGUGAUACAUGUACUAGGUUCUUUGAAGUCUGAUCAGGAAGUCACCUUCCUGUGAGUUACAUGCCAUGAAUGUGGAAGCCAAGGAAAAGCAGGAAGAAGGUGGCUGAUGGGUCUCUCUCCUCCCCAUUUGUGACCUGAAUUGACAGGAAAUGUUUUGCCUUGUUUUAUGCACGUGGUGCAGCACACCCUUGAAAUGGACAGGUGAGAACUGACCAGAGCAGGAAGCCAGCCUUUAUUUUUAGGCAUUGGGUCCCAUAAUCCUAGGGGCUCAAUCACCUAGUUUCUGUAAAUCUAUCUGCAGAAAGCAAAGGGUGUCCAAGGUCACCCAGAACGUGCCCUGUGCUUCUGAAACUUUGACAGAACAUGUAACCGUGAUGCUUAGCUAAUCCAGGAGCAACCCCCCUCUUGAUUUCAUACAAACCUAGAUGCGUUGGCAUAGGUUUUGGCCAUCCCGUCUUUAUUUCCAUUUUAAAUCCGUCUGUGAAUGUGCAGAGCAGUUAUUGCUCAAUCCUAAAGUGAUCCUUCAGGGUGGAAAGGAUGGAGCCGUGGAAUCAGGUGUCCCACUGUCUCACAUCCCAGCCUGGGAAGCACUGGGGCAGGACACCACCCACCGGGGACCUGCCGGGAGAGCCUGUCAGAGUUCCCUACUGGGCAGCCCCAGUAUUUAAAGGCAGAGAAGGGUCUGCAGGGUUACCUGGAAAGAUAACCUCUUAUUAACUCUUAGCUUUUCAUUUAAAAGGCAGCUCAGCCAGGCCAAGUGUUGUCUGGUUCUAAGGUUUCCAUGGAGACCAGAAUGGAGACAGAUGAGGCAUCUAAGGAGGCUUUGAGCCUUCCCAGUGCUGGCAGAGGCACAUCACGCCUGUCUGGGGGAGUCACUGGGGCACAUCCCUCCCCCUUCUGUGAGUGGGGUUGUCAUGUUGGUAGUUUUCGAUCAGCCAUGGUGGAAGUUUCUAUACCAUGAGAAUCAGCUUCAAGUCAGGCCUCUCUCCCCAGGAGCCGGCUGUUAAGCAUCUACCAGCACACCACUGCUGCACGGGACGGUGUGUUGCUGAAAUGAAAUCACUCUGUUCAGAGCCCAUUUGGCCACUCAAGUUCAAAUCGCAACAGACACACCCUUCCGAGCUUUCCUAGUGACAAGCAGCUGUCCACCCUCCAUUGUCCCAAUGCCAAAAGUGCUGUUGAGGUUACAGUCAGGCAGGGGCCAAGACAACAUAUACAAUUGAACCUGACGGGAGAAU